GUCUGUUAUCUGCCUGCUGAACUACAAGAAAUGGUGAUUAACUAUGGCAUGACAUCAAAAAAAGCUCUAGAGUGUUACGGUGCAAAGUUCUUGGCAAGAGCUCACACGUGCAGAAAGGUGUGUCUGCCCAUGAAAGAUGCAAUGGACGGUGAUGCAGUUCACUGGUAUUUAGCUGUCAUUAUGCUGGAUGACAAACAAGUCCAUCUUUUGGAUUCGUAUCCUUCUAAAAAGCGCCAAAGAUCUCGUAGAAACGCAGUAGUAACUAUGAUCGAAUUUCUUGAUGGCUUGUUUGAGGAUCUUUAUCGGCAAGUGGAACCAACACUUGAUCCACCUGUGCUGGAAAAAUUUUCUCUGACAAUUCCUUCAAUUCCCGAACAACGUCACGAGUCUGAUAGUGGCGUUUGGGUGUGCUCAUGGAUGAUGGGUGCAUCUUGGGAUUCUUCUUAUAAUAUAUGGCCAUGCGGAGAUAUAAGGAGAAUGCAACUAGCUUUAUAUCUGGUCCAACAGCCUACAAAUUACAUAAGACAUGUCGUCAUCGAGGAAGCAAAUAGGAAU